AUGGCGAUGCCAUACCCGCUGUACCGCGCGGACGGGCAGCACAACACCGCCAGCAGCAGCACUUCCUCGUUCGCGACCGCCAACGCCUACCCCCCGCCCUCGGGCGUCUUCAACCCGUCUCCUCCCGGCGGUGCACCCGGGAACGCCCGCCCGCCCCCCGGGGCCGCCCCGCCCUCUUUUGUCUCCUCCCCCGCGCCCUCCUACGGCCACGAUUCCGUCCUCAAACAACACCCGCCCCCCGCUUUCGGGGCCUACGCUUCCGGGGGCGGGCGUACCCCGAGCCCGACGCCGAGCGAGGCCAAGGCGCUGCGCAGUGGGCUGUUCGACUGGAAGACGCUGCUCAGCUGGCGCUUCUGGAUCCGCCGCGAGUGGCUGUGGUACUACGUCGCGAUUGUGCUCAUCAUGACCAUCACCGCGCUCGUGUCGAUAUACCACCACCAGAUCGUCGACUGGCUCACGCCGGUCACCAAGUGGCUGCAUAGCUUCAAGUUCGGGUGGGUCGUGCCCAUUGCGAUAUUGUUUGUCAUAUCGUUCCCGCCGCUCUUUGGCCACGAAAUUGUCGCUAUUCUGUGUGGGCUGGUGUGGGGGCUGUGGAUUGGGUUCGCGAUUGUGUGCGCGGGGACGUUCCUCGGGGAGGUCGGCAACUUUUAUGCGUUCAAGUACUGCUGCAACGCCCGUGGCGAGAAGAUGGAGCGGACCCAGAUCCCGUAUGCCUGUCUUGCGCGCUGUGUCCGCACGGGCGGGUUCAGGAUUGCGCUUAUUGCGCGGUUUAGCGCUAUCCCGGGGCAUUUCACAACGGCCGUCUUCGCCACCUGCGGCAUGAACAUCUGGGUGUUCUCCAUCGCCGCCAUCCUCUCCCUCCCGAAACAAUUCAUCACGGUGUACCUGGGCGUCAUACUCGAGCAGGCGGACAAGGGGACGACGUCCACGCAGAGCAAGAUUAUCAGCGACAGCGUGCUCGGCGCGACCUUCCUCGUCACGCUCCUCGCGAUGUGGUACAUCUUCCACCACAUGGCGCUCGCCAAGCCCGCCGUCAUCUACGAGCGCCGCAAGGCCCGCCAGGCCAAGCUCGAGCGCACCGACGUCUACGGCGAGAGCGCGGCUGCGUUUGGCGGGAGCGACGCCCAGGUGGGCCGAAGGGCGAGUCUGUCGGAUAUACCGCUUACUGCCUCCGGGCAGGGGCAGGGGCAGCACCCGCGGUAUGACUGGGAGCGGGAGCAAAGGCAGAAGCAGUACGACGCGUAUGUCGCCCAGAAGCAGCAGCAGCACCAGCAGUGGGACGCGCAGGGCCGGGCGGUCGGGUAUGCUCCCGGCCCGGCCCCGGCCCCUGUGCUGUAUGCCCCACAGCCACAGCACCCGCCGGGCCGCACGCCGAUCGAGCCCGGCGCGUAUGCCGCUGCGUAUGGCGGCAUGUCAGCGGCUGAUGACGGAGUGCAGAUGCGGGAGCGGCGGUAUACCAAGUCGCCCCCGCAGCAGCAGAAGCCGCCGCAGACGAGACGAUCGCUCGACCCGGGGACGCCGACGCAGGCGCAGUAUGCCUCGUACCCGGCCGGGAAUAAUCGGCCGACGUCGGUGUUGCCGACCCCGCCUUUUAACCAACAGACGCACGUGCAGGAGCCGACGUCGCCGUUUGCGGACCCGGAACCGCCGAGAUCGCCGUUCGACGACCCGCCGCCGAAGAGCGGGCUGCAUCCGAAGGGCCACUCCGUCGAGCCGACGGGCAUGUCGUAUCAUACGGCCUAUGGCAGCGACGGGGGCUCCUAG